AUGUCUGGACUCCGCUUCCUCGACCUCGUGAAGCCCUUCACACCCCUCAUCCCCGAAGUUCAGGUCCCAGAGACCAAGGUCCCCUUCCAGCAAAGGAUAAUAUGGACGAGCGUCACCCUCGUCAUUUUCUUGGUCAUGAGCCAGAUGCCGUUGUACGGCAUUGUAUCUUCGGACACCUCUGAUCCUCUAUACUGGCUGCGCAUGAUGAUGGCCAGUAAUCGCGGUACACUCAUGGAACUGGGUAUCACACCGAUCAUUUCUUCCGGCAUGAUGUUCCAGCUGCUUGCUGGUACUCACCUCAUUGACGUCAACCUCGACCUCAAGUCCGAUCGCGAACUCUACCAGACUGCCCAGAAGCUUCUUGCUAUCAUCCUUGCGUUUGGCCAAUCUUGCGUCUACGUGCUUACUGGACUUUACGGCCCACCAGCGGAUCUUGGUGCUGGUAUCUGCGUUCUCUUGGUCGUCCAGCUCCUGGCUGCUGCUCUUAUUGUCAUUCUGCUUGACGAGCUUCUGCAGAAGGGAUACGGUCUUGGAUCUGGUAUCUCUCUCUUCAUUGCGACCAACAUCUGCGAGUCUAUUGUCUGGAGGGCUUUCUCCCCAACGACGGUCAACACUGGCCGUGGCCCAGAAUUCGAGGGUGCCAUCAUUGCGCUGGUCCACCUGCUCAUUACCUGGCCAAACAAGCAACUCGCACUUCGCGAGGCCUUCUACCGCCAGAACCUGCCAAACAUCAUGCAGCUGUUGUCGACUAUCAUCGUCUUCGCCGCUGUCAUCUACCUGCAAGGCUUCCGCGUUGAGAUCCCAGUAAAGUCUUCGCGCCAGCGUGGCAUGCGUGGCUCAUACCCCGUCCGUCUGUUCUACACCUCGAACAUGCCGAUCAUGCUCCAGUCCGCCCUCUCGUCGAACGUUUUCCUCGUCUCCCAGAUGCUUUACAACAAGCUUCCAGACAACCUCUUGGUCAAGCUGAUUGGUGUGUGGGAAGCUCGCGAGGGUACUGCCCAGGUCCUUCCAGCCAGCGGUCUGGUCUACUACAUGUCCCCACCACUCAACAUCACCGACGCUCUCAUGGACCCGAUUCACACGGCUGUCUUCACUGUCUACAUGCUUGUCGCCUGUGCCGCCUUUAGCAAGACAUGGAUUGAGGUUUCUGGUUCCAGCCCCCGCGAUGUCGCUAAGCAAUUGAAGGAGCAAGGAUUGGUCAUGGCUGGACACCGUGAUGAAAGCAUGUACAGGGAGUUGAAGCGUGUCAUCCCAACUGCUGCCGCUUUCGGUGGUGCUUGCAUUGGUGCUCUCUCCAUCACCAGUGAUCUUAUGGGUGCUCUGGGAAGCGGAACCGGUAUUUUGAUGGCCGUCACUAUCAUCUACUCGUACUUCGAAAUCGCCGCCAAGGAAGGUGAUAUGGCAGGUCUCAAGGGCAUGGUGAUGGGCUAA